AUGUCGUAUUUUGUGUUAACAGUGGACUUCUUUCAGAUAAACGAAACAGUUGCAGUGAUUGUGUCACCGGCAGCUGAUUUGGAUUAUGAGAAAUCGACGGAAAUGUUCAUUGUGUUGAGAGUGGACGAUUCUGGUGGCAAUAGCGAUAGUGCAGCGGCUGUGGUCCGUAUAAUGGAUGUAAAUGACAACGCUCCAGUUUUCUCACCGAACCAAUACAAAAUUGAAGCCGUUGAGAACUGGCCUGCUGGAACAGUGAUAACGAUGGUGAAUGCAGUGGAUAAAGACAGUGGCGAGAACGGCCGAAUUGAAUAUUCGCUCUUGCAGAACGGCGAACGAUAUUUCGAGAUUGAUGAAGAAACUGGUGUCGUCCGAACGGUUCGACCACUGAUAGGCUUAGCUCGAGCUCAGCCAUAUCAACUCAUCGUUACUGCUGUCGAUAGAGGAGUACCGCCUCUAAAUUCUACUGCAACGAUCAGCGUAAGAGUUUUGGAAUCAACUUCGCUGAGUCGAGACGGAGACGAUAAGGAAAUUCACAUAUCCACACCACCGAUCAACUUCGUGCUUGAACUCGAUGAGAAUACACCGGCAAAUCGGCGCGUUUACACGGUUCAAGCUCGAGUUGGUGGAUUCAAUGACCAAUUCGAAAGAGAAAUCAAAUAUUCAAUCACGCCAGUCGAUAAUGAAACCGAUGACGGAUGGUUUAAUAUUGAUUCGAGUAGUGGGGACGUAUUCACCUCAAGAGAACUCGACUACGAAAAACAGCCGUUCAUAACAGUGAGUGUUUUUGCAUGCUUUUUUUGGGUGCUGCGAAUGAUGUUUUAA